CGUUACCAAUUUGAAAGCAGUAUAAGAAAUAUAACCAAAGGUGCGACAACAUGGCCGAGGAAAGUUUCAAUGCCGACGAGAUGACUCCUCCGGAGUGGCUGAAUGUUCAGUUCAUAAGUCAGGUGUUGAGUGACCACGAAAAGGAUUCGAAUCUGAAGGUUACCAACUUGAGUUUCACACCGGCCAGUGCCAAAGGCGAUCACUAUGCCAGUAUUAUGUUUCGAGCUACGGUGGAUUAUACAACGCAGAAUGGAAACCUCACCAAGUCGCUUAUCAUAAAAACGAUGCCCGUGGAGGAGGGUGUGAAAAAGGAUAUGUUUAAAGACUCUCCACUAUUCUCAACUGAGAUUGCAAUGUACAGCAAGGUCCUGCCCGAGUGGGAGAGGAUUCUGCGAACAGUGAAGGAUCCAAGCAAGCUAUAUGUGAACUGCAUCUACCACAGUCUGCAGCCACAUCAGAUUAUCAUCUUUGACGAUCUGGUCGAGAUGGGAUAUGCAGUUGUGCGCGAUCGUUUCCUUACGCAGGAGGAAAUCUGCAGUGCCUACGCCAAGUUGGCCAAGAUCCACGCCAUCAGUAUGAAGUUCAUUCACGAGCAACCUGAGUAUCUGAGGGAGUUCAAGUACGGAUUAUGUGACAUGCCCGGACUGAUAGACAGUCCCAUUAUAAACGGAGGCAUGGCUCCCUUUACGGAACUGUUGGGCCGCAUUCCUGAACUGAACAAAUACCAGCCGCAUUUCGAGAAGAUUAGUCUGCACUUUAAGGACCGAUUGCGGGCGACCAUGCAGGAGUAUCGAAACCAUCCACAGCCAGGAUACAACGUACUCUGCCACGCAGAUUUCCAUUCCCGCAACAUGAUGUUUAAGCACAAUAGGGAAACUGGAUGUUUGGAGGACUGCAUGCUGCUGGAUUAUCAGGGCUGCAAUGUGGCUCCAAUGGCCGUCGAUCUCAUGUACUCCAUUUACAUGCUGAUGGGGCCGGCACAGCGAAGAGAGGAGGUAGAGACUUUGCUGAACUACUACCUAUCCGUCCUCCAAGAGACUCUCAAGACGAUUGGCUACCAAGGGUCAAUGCCCACGCCUCAGGGAUUUUGGGCGGAAAUGAAACGCCAUAGAUAUUACGAGUUUCUACUGCUGAGCACCUUCUUGCCAGUUUCCACUGGGUUGCGAACCCACAAGUUGGAUUUAGCGGAUAUGCUGCACAACGAAGAAGCGCGUUUGAAACUAUAUCAACUGGAAGAUUUUGUAGAAGAUACCAAAUCUGUAUUGGCCAGAUUCGAGAAAUCGGGAUAUUUUGAGGAAUUGUAAAAGGCGUAAAUGCGUUUGUAAAAGAAAUAAAUCAAGUUUGAAUAGGAAACAUAUGUACAAUUUAAAUAUAUUAAUAAUAUGUAAGCUUUUUGUCGUCGAAACAAUAGAAAACAA